UUCUGGGCAAUUCAUAGCGGGGACUUGGAAAUUAUUCUAGUCUAAUGGACGUGCGGAUCCGCUACACUGUUGUGCUUUAUCCAGACGUUCGCCGACUGGGAUGCAACAACGCUGAUUUGAUCCUGCUGUGUGUGUGAUUAUUUUAUUUUUUUUAUUUUUUUUUUUGACUGAAAUCUAUCGGAUUCACGCGCGUAUAACACUCGACUGACAAUCGGAGGACGCAUAAAAAACGCGUGUGAUGAGACAAAGGAACAAAGGAUGCCUUAGAGGAGAGGUUGCCUAUAUGCCUGGAAACCUCUUCAAAGCGCACCGCCAAAUGGAUCUAACGCCUCCCCCUGCCACCUCUAGAUCAUGAUACUCGGCUGAAGCUAUUCCGCUAUCUUUAUGAUCCCUCCUCCAUCUAUGGCGAACUAUAGCCAUGCAGGGGACCACACCAUCUUGCAGAAUGUCUCUCCUCUCGCCACGUUCCUCAAACUGACCUCUCUGGGUUUCAUCAUUGGAGUCGGUGUGGUUGGAAACCUCCUGAUCUCCAUCCUGCUGGUCAAAGACAAGAGCCUGCACCGAGCACCCUACUAUUUCCUGCUGGACCUGUGCGCCUCCGAUAUCCUUCGCUCUGCCAUCUGUUUCCCCUUUGUCUUCACCUCGGUCAAGAAUGGAUCUGCCUGGACCUAUGGCACGCUGACCUGCAAAGUGAUCGCCUUCCUGGGUGUGCUCUCCUGUUUCCACACGGCGUUCAUGCUAUUCUGCGUGAGCGUCACCCGCUACCUGGCCAUUGCACAUCACCGUUUCUACACCAAGAGGCUGACCUUCUGGACCUGUCUGGCUGUCAUCUGCAUGGUGUGGACGUUGUCAGUGGCUAUGGCGUUCCCGCCAGUGCUAGACGUAGGGACAUACUCUUUUAUCCGGGAGGAGGACCAGUGCACAUUCCAGCACCGCUCCUUUAGGGCGAAUGAUUCACUGGGCUUCAUGCUCCUGCUGGCGCUCAUUCUCCUGGCCACACAGCUGGUUUACCUCAAGCUCAUCUUCUUCGUCCAUGACCGUCGAAAGAUGAAGCCUGUCCAGUUCGUGCCUGCUGUCAGCCAGAACUGGACCUUCCACGGGCCAGGCGCCAGCGGGCAGGCGGCGGCCAACUGGCUGGCUGGAUUUGGUAGAGGCCCCACCCCGCCUACUUUGCUGGGCAUCCGGCAGAACAGCAACGCAGCGGGCCGCAGGCGUCUACUGGUAUUGGAUGAAUUCAAAACAGAGAAGAGGAUUAGUAGGAUGUUCUACAUCAUGACGUUUUUCUUCCUGGCACUGUGGGGGCCCUAUCUGGUAGCCUGCUACUGGCGGGUGUUUGCAAGGGGCCCUGUAGUCCCUGGGGGCUACCUGACGGCAGCUGUGUGGAUGAGCUUUGCCCAGGCUGGGGUCAAUCCUUUCAUCUGCAUCUUCUCCAACAGGGAGCUCCGGCGCUGCUUCAGCACCACACUCCUCUACUGCAGAAAAUCCAGGUUACCAAGGGAACCCUACUGCGUUAUAUGAAGGUUUUGCUGUGGGUUUUUUUCUCAUCUAUGUCUCUAUUUCCCUGAUUGAUCUUGAUCUGGG